CUCCACGGGUUCUUCCGAAUCUAUACCAACAACCCAAUACAAUGCUGCAGCCAUCAUUAGCGGUUUAUAUCCCACUCUCCGCAAAUGACUGGGAGGAGCGGCAGAGGGAACACGGAAGGUGUUAAUCUCGGUUUUUACAAAUGCUGUUAGACCUGCCGAGUUCCUCCAAGACUUUCUGUUUUAUUUUACUGCCCCCCCCCCCCAAUUCCCGGCUCGGUUCUCGAUCUUUCCACCGAAAGGAGCCCACCGCUCGCGGGCUGCGCAGGCGCAUUGGGCCCGUUCAACAUGGCCUCCUCCAUCUGGUGGCGGCGUUUCUGGCUCCGACUCCGGCCCCGAUCUAGCCCCUUGACCCAUAGGAGCUGUUCGGCCAAAGCCGCACCGGCUCUGGACGGCAGCGAAGAGUCAGAUUUAACUGAGAAAACUUCUGCCAAGACAUUUUCUGAAUUGCAAGCAGAAAGGCAUGAACAAGCAGAACGGACCAUUUUGAUCAGCUGCCCUCCUAAUAUCAGUGAAAAGAAAUUCUACAAAUACAUAUCAAGCCAUGGGACCGUCAAUAAAUAUUUCUUCUAUGAAACUUUUGGUAUUUAUGCAGUGGUGGAGUUCGCUGAUAAGGAAAGUAUAGGAAUGCUAAAAGGUUUUUCUGGCAUCCCAAGCCUCCAGCAUGAAUGUGCCAUUCCAUUCAAAUCUCGUUUUUUCAACUUAAUAAAUAACCAUCCCAGGGAUCUUUCUGCUGCACAGCCUUCAGUUUCAUGCCUUAAACAAUCUGUCAUCCCUCUUAAUGAACUUUUGCAGAAGCUUUCCGGGACUGAGACUAUAGAUGAGCAAUUGUACACAGUCUGCAAAGAACACCAGCUUACAGAAGAGAAUACACGUCUUCGAUUCCUCGUAUGCUCCCUAGUGAAGGACAUUGCAGCUGCUUAUUUUCCAGAAUGCUCAAUUAAACCAUUUGGAUCAUCUGUAAAUAAUUUUGGGAAGAUGGGCUGUGACUUAGACAUGUUUUUGGAUCUGGACAGUAUUAGUGGAAGAAAUAACCCUAAGAAAAGAAGUGCCUUCUCUAUGGAAUAUGAAACAAAAAGAGUGGCAUCAGAACGGGUAGCCACACAAAACACCCUUUCAGUGAUAGGCGAAUGCAUUGAUCGGUUUGCCCCAGGCUGUGCAGGAAUACAGAAGAUACUCAAUGCGCGUUGCCCAUUGGUGCGGUUUUCCCACCAGCCAUCAGGAUUUCAGUGUGACCUCACUGCCAAUAAUAGAAUAGCUAUGCGGAGCACAGAACUCCUUUAUAUCUAUUCUAAUAUUGACCCUCGGAUACGGGCUCUCGUGUUUGGUGUUCGGUGCUGGGCUCGUGUUCAAGGGAUUACAAGCAGUGUUCCUGGAUGCUGGAUCACUAACUUCUCCUUGACCAUGAUGGUUCUGUUCCUGCUGCAGAAAAGAAAUCCACCAAUUAUACCAACAUUAGACCAGCUCAAAGACCUAGCAGAAGCACAAGAUGAAUGUAUCAUUGACAGUCAUGACUGCACGUUUGUUUCCAAUAACAAAAUAAAGCCAUCCCAGAAUACAGAAACUCUGGAGGAACUUCUGCAAGAAUUCUUUGAAUUUUAUGGCAAUUUUGCAUUCAGCCAACUGUCCAUCAAUAUCAGAAAGGGAAAAGAGCAACAUAAACCUGAAGCCUCUCCACUUUACAUUCAGAACCCAUUUGAACAAGCACUAAAUGUGAGCAAGAAUGUCAAUCAAACCCAGUUGGAGAAGUUUGUGACUGCAGCAAGAGAGAGUGCAUGGCUAUUACAGCAGGAUCGGCUUAAACAACCAGUGUCCAAAACCAAACCCUGGGGUCUAGCAGCCCUGCUUCAUCCUUCCACGCAGUCCAUUGUGGGGAGAAGCAAAAAGAAGAGACAACCAGCUAGUGAAAGGAUUAGAAGUUUGUUAGAUUCAUUAAAGACAAACAAACAAACAUCUGGCUUUUCAAACAGACCAAAUGGUAGUAAAAGGCACCUCUGUACUGUUGCCCGGAGCAGCCCUUUGUAAAUAAAGUUAACUAAUGUCCAUAUAAAUGUUUCUUAACCACCACAAGGACUAAGGCUGCAGCAAUCAAGACUACAAAUCCAGAAAUCUACAUGUGCUGCUUGAAUUGUUAAAUAAUGCAGUCAGUCAGCAGAAAGAGUUUAUUUGAUUUAAGUUUUGAAACUUUUAAGUCUGGAUCUCUUUUAAUGGAGAAUAAUGCAUAAACUGGAUGGUGCUGUAGCUAAUAAUUUGAAGACAAACAUUUAUAAACAAAAAUCCACUUGGAAUCAACAGAUGACCUAAGCAACCAUUCCUGCGUGCUGCUUUCUACUUAUCCAGAUGAAAGGCUAAUGGGUGUGUCCAGAUAGUUUUAGAAAGCUUCUGAAUUGAAUGUAAAUUUAUAUUGGAACCAGGUACAUUUUAAAUAAACUACUGGAAGGUGAUCACUGAAUGUUGAUGAUCUUUUUAAACAUCAGUUCGUUUGUGUUUAUUCAUUUCCUAUUGGAAAUUUAAGUAGGUUUUAAUAAUUUUGCAAACCAUAAAUUACCUUUCACUUGGACUGAAAUGAAUAAUCCACUUGAUUUAUAAUUGCUUCAGGGUAUUUCAAAUAUUUGACUACUUUUCCUCAGUAGAAUCUGUUUUAGUCUACUUCAGAAGUAAGAGCUGUGGCGGAAGUAGGACUAAUUUGUUCAGCUUUGUAUAAAUUGCUCAAUUCAAACAUAGUUUAAAGAGAAAAUUCUGUAUUGAAAUCGUUUGCUGAUUUUUGCUAAGGCAUCCAGAUGAGGAUUGAAUCAAGUAUGGGACAUUGGAUUUCUGUGUGGAUUGACAAAGUGGCCUUGAAGAAUAGUAAAACUUCUAAUCACUGAUCAAAUAAUUCAGCUCACAUCAAUGCAUUUAAUUACUAAAGAUUGCAAACAACUUAUGUCAUAAAAUGCUUUUCAAUCAUUGAAGUACUUAUGAUGUUUUUAUAAUUUAGGAGAGUAGCCUCUGAUUUUGAAUGAAGAGAACUGAAACUUGAUUAGAACUAUCACUUUCACCAUUAGACAAAAUGCAUUCAGCACCAAAUAUUGAAAUUCAUUUGUUAACAAGGAAAGACUGUACUCUGAUUUUAAUUGAGACACUAAUUCGGUUUUGAUGCGGGCUGUUUGUAGCUGCUUCUUCCAAGCGAUUUGCUGUCAUGUUAAGUCACACUAAUCUAUUCUGUGCUAUACUCUCAUAUCUAUAGUUCUUCUGCAACCAUUCUGACAUCCAUCAUUGAAUUAUACACUUAGUUGACCUCUCUCUCAGCUAUCCUCUGCUUUGCAGCCUAGAGGAAGUCUCUGUAGCUUCACAGCUCUGAUCAAAUGGCUGAAAUACUGAAAGUAUCUUUUCUGGAUAUCACUUUUUAGAGUUACUUUUGCUGUUGUAUUCUCAAGUACCUCUGUCUUCUAGUCUGCAUGUGGAAUUUUCAUCAUUCAUUGUAGCUAUCGCAUUUGAAAAGCCUCUUAAGGCAAAUAUGAGUGUAGCAUCAUGGAGAUGUUGUCCUUAUUACAAGUCUAAGUUUUCUCAUUAAUACAUCUUUGUCUUCACAGAAUUACUCUGGCUAUCUCUGUCCUUCUAGCUUCUUCCUCACAUCUUCCACCUUCUGUUAUCAUUUGACCUAAAUAGAAGAACUUAGUUACUUGCUCAUGUGUCACCAUCCACUUCAGUCUUCACUCUGGUUUCUUUUAAUUUAUUUCUUCUGACCAGCAAUGUCUGUAUUUUUGAUGUGCAUUCAAAAUGUAUAUUUUAUAUUUCGAAAUUUCACUUGAUCUACAAUAUUUGGAAGGCU